AUGUUUUUUCAGGUAGUUGAUAAGGUCACAGGCGCACGAUUACCAUAUGUGGCAUGCUUUGCUUGCAAAGUUCUGUACACUGAUACGGGUGGUGGGACAGGCAACAUGACGCGCCACAGAUGCCCAAUUGGAAGCAGCUACCGGGAUAAUAGCACAGGUGCUGUUGGCGACACCGGGCAGCACUGUUCCGAAACUGGCGGAGGAGGCCAGUUGUCUCCUGACAACUUUGGCGCAUAUAGAAAGGAGUCGCCAGCGCCAUCUUCAAGCUUCCACGGAUCUCUAACGGCGCAGUCCUCGUUUGAAACAUCAUUUACGGAUAACGACCGUCGAUUAUUUUGUAAUGCAAUUGUGCGUUGCUGCGCUGCUGAUUUGCUUCCUCCUACCAUUUUCCAAGGUGAGGGGAUAUACGGCUUGAUUGAAACAGCAUUAUCAAUUGGUCGGCAUUAUCGAUGGCCAGAACGCCAGUCCAUUGCAACGCUUAUUCCUGAUAUCUUCGCUUUAAACUUGGUGAUUGAAGAAAGUAGUGCAAUGGUUUUGUCUGAAUUAACUGCCGAAAUAAGCCAGAUUGCGCGCACAUCCGGUUUCUCGUUUUCCGUGGAACGAAUGACCAUUGAGGACGAGAUUGCUGUUGUCUCGGCGAAUUACAUUACAGCGGACUGGAAGUACAAACAUCGUGUGAUGAAUGUGAGCACAUUCGAGAAGAUAAGUGAUGGCUUGGAAACACUGCUACGGGAAAUCGGCGAAACGAAGAGGAUGGCUUAUGUGACGGAGAAUAUCCAUUGUUCUGGUGACCAGGCACAUCUCUCUUGCAUAUGCUACACCUUAAACAAUGUAAUUUUGUAG